CAGGGCCCAGGAUGGCGCUCUCCAUGGUGGAGCUUCUGAUUGCCUCCUUCCUGCCAGUUGCCUUCACCCUGAACCCUGAGGACCCCAACGUGUGCAGCCACUGGGAGAGCUAUGCCGUGACCGUCCAGGAAUCUUACGCACACCCCUUCGAUCAGAUCUACUACACGCGAUGCACCGAUAUCCUCAACUGGUUCAAGUGCACCCGGCAUCGGAUCAGCUAUAAGACUGCAUAUCGGCGAGGCCUCCGGACCAUGUACCGGCGAAGGUCCCAGUGCUGCCCGGGCUACUAUGAGAAUGGAGACUUCUGCAUCCCCCUGUGUACGGAGGAGUGUGUGCACGGCCGCUGUGUCUCCCCUGACACCUGCCACUGUGAACCUGGCUGGGGAGGGCCUGACUGCUCCAGCGGCUGCGACAGCGACCACUGGGGCCCCCACUGCAGCAACCGGUGCCAGUGCCAGAACGGCGCCCUGUGUAACCCCAUCACCGGCGCGUGCGUGUGCGCCGCGGGCUUCAGGGGCUGGCGCUGCGAGGAACUCUGCGCGCCCGGCACCCACGGCAAGGGCUGCCAGCUGCCGUGCCAGUGCCACCACGGUGCCAGCUGCGACCCCCGCACGGGCGAGUGCCUCUGCGCACCUGGCUACACCGGUGUCUACUGCGAGGAGCUGUGCCCCCCGGGGAGUCAUGGGGCGCACUGUGAGCUGCGCUGCCCUUGCCAGAAUGGAGGUGCUUGUCACCACAUCACAGGAGAAUGUGCCUGUCCCCCAGGCUGGACGGGAGCUGUGUGUGCCCAGCCCUGCCCUCCAGGGACCUUCGGCCAGAACUGUAGCCAAGACUGCCCUUGCCACCACGGAGGGCAGUGUGACCACGUGACUGGACAGUGCCACUGUACAGCCGGCUACAUGGGCGACAGGUGCCAAGAGGAGUGCCCCCUGGGGACCUUCGGCUUCCAGUGCUCUCAGCAUUGUGACUGCCACAACGGUGGCCAGUGCUCACCUACCACCGGUGCCUGUGAGUGUGAGCCUGGCUACAAGGGCCCGAGCUGCCAGGAGCGGUUAUGCCCUGAGGGUCUGCACGGCCCUGGUUGCACUCUAGCCUGCCCCUGCGAUGCUGCCAACACCGUCAGCUGUCACCCAGUAACUGGAGCUUGCACCUGCCAGCCAGGCUGGUCUGGCCACCACUGCAAUGAGUCAUGUCCUGCUGGCUACUACGGUGAUGGCUGCCAGCUGCCUUGCACCUGUCAGAACGGCGCCGACUGCCACAGCAUCACUGGCAGCUGCACUUGUGCUCCUGGCUUCAUGGGAGAAGUCUGCGUGGUUCCCUGUGCGGCAGGUACCUAUGGUCCCAACUGCUCGUCCAUCUGUAGCUGUCACAACGGUGGCACCUGCUCCCCGGUCGAUGGCUCCUGCACCUGCAAGGAAGGCUGGCAGGGCCCAGACUGCAGCCUGCCAUGUCCCAGUGGAACGUGGGGCCUGAACUGCAAUGAGAGCUGUACCUGUGCCAAUGGUGCUGCCUGUAGCCCCGUGGACGGCUCCUGCUCCUGCACCCCCGGCUGGCUGGGGGCCACCUGUGAACUGCCCUGUCCGGAUGGCACGUUUGGGCUGAACUGCAGUGAGCGCUGUGACUGCAGCCAUGCCGACGGCUGUGACCCCAUCACCGGCCACUGCUGCUGCCUGGCGGGAUGGACAGGUAUCCGCUGUGACAGCACCUGCCCCCCUGGGCGCUGGGGCCCCAACUGCUCAGUCUCCUGCAGCUGUGAGAACGGCGGCUCCUGCUCUCCAGAGGACGGGAGCUGUGAGUGUGCCCCUGGCUUCCGAGGACCCUUAUGCCAGAGAAUCUGCCCACCGGGGUUCUACGGUCAUGGCUGUGCCCAGCCGUGCCCCCUCUGUGUGCACAGCAGUGGGCCCUGCCACCAUGUGAAUGGUGUCUGUGAAUGCCUUCCAGGCUUCUCCGGAACCCUCUGCAACCAAGUGUGUGCUGGAGGGCGCUUUGGGCAGGACUGUGCCCAGCUGUGCUCCUGUGCCAACAACGGGACCUGCAGCCCCAUUGAUGGUUCCUGCCAGUGCUUCCCCGGGUGGAUCGGCAAAGACUGCUCCCAGGCUUGCCCACCUGGAUUCUGGGGCCCUGCCUGCUUCCAUACCUGCAGCUGCCACAACGGGGCUAGCUGCAGUGCCGAGGAUGGAGCCUGCCACUGCACCCCAGGCUGGACCGGACUCUUCUGCACACAGCGCUGCCCAGCAGCAUUUUUCGGGAAGGACUGUGGGCGUGUGUGCCAGUGUCAGAAUGGAGCCAGCUGUGACCACAUCAGCGGCAAGUGCACCUGCCGUACAGGCUUCGCUGGACAACACUGUGAACAGAGGUGUGCACCAGGAAGCUUUGGCUAUGGGUGUCAGCAACUAUGUGAGUGCAUGAACAACGCCACUUGUGACCACGUCACCGGCACCUGUUAUUGCACCCCUGGCUUCAAAGGCAUCAGGUGUGACCAAGCUGCCCUCAUGAUGGAGGAGCUGAACCCCUACACCAAGAUCAGCCCAGCACUGGGAGCAGAGCGGCACUCGGUGGGCGCCGUCACUGGCAUCAUCCUCUUGUUGUUUCUCAUCGUGGUGCUGCUGGGCUUGUUCGCCUGGCGCCGGCGGCGGCAGAAAGAGAAGGGCAGAGACCUGGCUCCCCGCGUCUCCUAUACACCCGCCAUGAGGAUGACCAGCACCGACUACUCCCUCUCAGAUGUGUCUCAAAGUAGCAGCCAUGCCCAGUGCUUUUCCAAUUCCAGCUACCACGCACUGGCAUGCGGGGGGCCUGCCACCAGCCAGGCCAGCACUCUGGACAGGAACAGCCCCACCAAGCUCAGUAACAAGUCCCUUGACAGAGACACGGCAGGCUGGACCCCCUACAGCUAUGUGAACGUGUUAGACUCCCAUUUCCAGAUCAGUGCCCUGGAGGCCAGGUACCCGCCCGAAGACUUCUACAUUGAACUUAGACACCUCAGCUGCCCCGCUGAGCCACACUCACCAGAUGUCUGUGGAAUGGACAGACGUCAGAAUACAUACAUUAUGGACAAAGACUUCAAAGAUUACAUGAAAGAAUCCGCAUGCAGUUCUAGUACUUGUUCCUUGAAUAGCAGUGAAAACCCUUAUGCUACCAUUAAGGACCCACCCAUCCUCACCUGCAAGCUUCCAGAAGGCAGCUAUGUAGAAAUGAAGUCGCCUAUGCACAGGGGGUCUCCGUACACAGAUGUGCCAUCCUUGUCGACAUCUAAUAAAAAUAUCUAUGAUGUUGAGCCCACAGUCAGUGUGGUCCAAGAAGGCCGUGGUCCUAACUCCAGCUAUAUCCAGAAUGCGUAUGACCUACCUAGGAGCAGCCAUAUUCCUGGCCAUUAUGACUUCCUCCCAGUAAGACACAGCGCUGCCAGAGGGCCUUCCCAGGACAAGCAGUCUGAAGAGGGAUAAGCGGCUCUCUCAUGGCGUGCUCUGCUGACAACUCUGACUGAAAGACAAUCCCUUGGGUUGAAAUGAUGGUACAUAUUGACUCCAGCUGCAUGUCAGAUUAUUGCAUUCACCUGGAACUUCCAAGAAGUGCUUCCAAAUGGGACUGGGGGAUAUGUUCGAGGACGUCUGCUGCUAAAGGCAAAUCCUGCCCACACGCCCCACCCCAACCCCAAAUGCCCUGGAUUAUACAAUUUUUAAAGCAUUUUAAGAUACAGCUAUUCAUCAACAUCAGCUAGAUAUAGCUAAAAUUACAUUUAUGUAGUUAUCUGAGAUAUGAGGCUUACAAAGCAUGUGGAAUAAGUUCUGCAAACCUUAAGAGGAGGAAAAGGGGAGUGGGAAAGGGAGGGUGCCUUUAAGGGGUUGGAAAUGUGUAUGUACUUUUGGUUGCUGUUACCAUCACUGUUUUACUACACAAAAUCAUCAGAAGGCUCUAGGAUCAAUCCUAAACUACCUGAGCAUGUAUGUCUGGUUCAUCAAGUCACAAUGGCUGAGAUACCAGAGUUUAGC